AUGGACCGAAUCACGUUCAAAGUGAACGGGGAGUUAUGUUCAGUGAGUUCGGAGGUGGACUCGGACACGACGGUGCUCGAGUAUGUGCGCGACACUCUGAAGCUGCACGGCACCAAGUUCAUGUGCAAGGAGGGCGGCUGCGGGUCCUGCGUCGUCAGCGCCACCAUGCCCGACCCCUACACCGGCGGCCGACGAGUUGUCUCCAUCAAUUCUUGUUUGGUAUCAAUAACAUCCUGCCAAGACUGGGAGAUCAAGACUAUAGAAGGCUUAGGUGACCGCCGAACAGGGUACCACCCCGUCCAACGGGCGCUGGCGGAACACAGCGGCACACAAUGCGGGUACUGCAGCCCUGGCUGGGUCAUGAGCAUGUACAGGUAA